GAAGAAAAAAAACGAACAAAAAAAAAUGUGAGUCACAUCCGGUUUUAUUUUGAAAACACGCUCCGGAAGUCGGGGUAUUUAUCCCGGAGUAGUUGACGCUGGUGAGGAGAGAGAGCCGCUGACAGAGGGGAGCACAAACUCCAGAGAAGGGGGGGUUGAACCGAGGACGUGUGGCUCUCUUGGAAAAGUGGCAUCUUCUGCUGCUCAUCAGCCACUCUGAACUUCACACAGGCUGCGAGUCCGUCGCUCAAUUAAUCCGGAUUGUAAACUAACCUGCUUUUCCAAGUUCCUAACCAUGAGGACAAACGUAUGGAUUUACCAAGCUCUGCUGUGUGUUGUGGUCACUAUAAUGGACACAGGUUUUUGUAGAAAGACUCAUCAGUCGUUACAGAAGUAUGAGAAGACUGAGAAUCACAUGCUGGUUUGCACAGACUGCCCUCAGUCCCCCUUGGUACGAAACAGCCGAUCGCAGGAGCACUGCGCCCGCAAGUGCAAGAAGGUCAAGAAAAACUUCAGCUGCAGGGCUUUCAACUUCCAGCGGCACAACAGGAAAUGCCACUUGCUUCCCUUCGACCGCUUCACCCACGGUGUGCAGAAGCAGGCCAACGUCAACUUUACUUUGUAUGAAAAAAAAGAUUAUAUAAGGGAGUGCAUCAUCGGCACCAAGGACAACUACAGAGGGAGGAGGUCUUGGACGAAGACAAACAUCACUUGCCAAGCUUGGGCAGAUAAUAACAUCAACGAGCACACGUUUUACCCUGAUAGGUACCCAACGCAAGACCUGAGGGAGAACUUCUGCCGGAAUCCCAACAACGAUCCCGGUGGUCCGUGGUGCUACACCACUGACCCCAACGUGCGCGCUGAGGAGUGCGGCAUACCACAGUGCUCAGAGGAAGUCUGUAUGACGUGUAACGGGGAAGAUUACCGCGGCAAAAUGGACCAUACGGAGAGCGGCAAGGAGUGCCAGAGAUGGGACUCGACAAGGCCGCACAAACACCACUUCCAGCCCAAAAAGUAUAAGGACAGAGAUUUAAGGGACAACUACUGUCGUAACCCGGAUAAUCGUCUCCGUCCCUGGUGCUACACCAUGGAUCCCAAGACUCCGUGGGAGUACUGCAACAUCACUGUGUGUGACUCUGACUCAAGCGAGGACACAGAUGUCAAUGUAACAACAUCCUGUGUCCAGGGAAAAGGAACAGAUUACCGAGGCACAAUGAAUGUCACUCCAGAGGGUGUGACAUGUCAGCGCUGGGACUCCCAGUUUCCCCAUAACCACUCCUUUCUCCCUCAGAACUUCAAAUGCAAUUUGUGUGUGUGUUAUAGAGACCUCAGAGAGAACUACUGCCGUAACCCUGAUGGUGCAGAUUACCCAUGGUGCUUCACUACAGACCCAAAUCAGAGGAUAGCCAACUGCACCCACAUCCCCACGUGUGAUGCUGAGGCCACACAAAAAAUAGAGUGUUAUGAAGACAAUGGGGAGAGUUUCCGUGGCACAUUGUCCACAACUCGAUCGGGGAUUCCCUGUGCAAACUGGUCACACCACAUAAACAGUGGGGAUUCUCACUCUACAGAAUCCCACGUUGGCCUGGAGAAGAACUACUGCCGGAACCCAGACCGAGACAAACACGGCCCCUGGUGUUACACCAAUCCAAAUAACCGUUUGGUCUGGGACUACUGCAAACUGAAGCACUGUGAAUCAGCUACAGCAGCUCCACAACCAAACAAUCUAGCCAGGCCCAAAAUAUCAUGCUUUGUGCAUAUAAACACCAGGAUUGUUGGAGGACACCAGGUGCGCGGUAUGGACGGCAGCUGGGUUGUAAGCAUCCAAAGAGAGAAGGUUCAUCUGUGUGGAGGCUCACUGAUCAGAGAAGACUGGGUUUUGACGGACCAACAGUGCUUCACCUCCUGCGUUCCAGAUCUCAAGGACUACAGUGUGCAGGUUGGUCUGCGCCACCUCAAUGAAUCCUCCAGCCACCCGAGACUACGCAUCUCACGUCUGAUCUGUGGCCCUGAAGGAUCCAACCUGGUUAUGCUGAAACUAGCAGAUCCUGCCCCUGUGGCCGAAGGUGCAUCCACCAUCCAUCUCCCAGUGAAAGAGUGUCACAUCCCCGAAGGCACCAACUGCACCAUGUACGGAUGGGGGGAAACCAAAAAUACAGCAUACGAUGAGACGCUGAACUCAGUGACCAUGCCAAUGGUCAACAACGACAUGUGCUCGCAAAUCAAAGGGGACGCUGGGGAGAGCCGAAUAUGUGCCGGCGGCAAGAGAGGAGAAGGCGUAUGUGAUAAAGACUACGGCGGUCCACUGGUCUGCCAGGAACACGAGCGCAAAGUCAUCAUCGGCGUGAGCAUCCAAAGGACAAAAUGCGCCUCAUCACAGCCCGCGCUUUUCGUUAACGUCGCUUUCUACUCUGAGUGGAUAUACAAAGUGUUCAAACUUUACCCCAGCUUGGAGAGGAACUGAUGGCGUGGUGUAAAAAUCAGCUCCAUAAGGAAAGGACGGCUAAAACCCUCUGCAGCGUGGAGCACAGGGGAGAAAUUAGGAAACUGACCUUUUAAGAAAGUGGACAUUUGGGGAUUUUUUUUGUUUGGCUGAUUUGUCAUCCGACAGAGAGGACAGAGAUCAGUGAUCGAAGACUGGAUAAACCAAAUGGAAUGUCACCCAUUCUUCCACUUUGGCAAAUGAAGACAUCCAGGUCCUUACAUCCUCAAUGUCAUUUUUUUACAACCAAAGUUUCUUGCACAUGGACGGGAUACUAACUACAGUCUGACGUGUUCAGAAAUUCUGAAGCCAUGCAAUCAAAGACGACGAGAACGACGCUUGUGACUCAGUAUUAUCUCCUGGAAUAUACUUGAAUUCGAACAGAGCCCAGGGCAGUUACCACAUGAGGUUUCUGCAACUGGGAUUUCUUGUUUUUUUAUGUGCUGAGCUGGACUGCAAAACAUCAUAUUUUCUACCUGCAACGCAAGUGGUGCAGAAGGAUAAUUAGGACAUUCCUCAACGUCAACAGGAUACGUUACAUAUAUCGCUACGAAAGCUCUAGAUGUUUAUUCGCUUAAUAAAUAAUCCAACCGAAAGCUCUUUCAUACCAAAAAGGAGGAAAACAUUAGCAUGAAAAGGUCACUAUAAACUCACUAUUGAGUUUCACAGACAGUAAAAGUCCCCCAUGAGACAAAAAGUGAUUAAGCCGAGCCGGCAGAGGUUGAGAUUUGGCUUCAUGUGCAAAGGUAGUUUAGUGUUUAAUAUUGCUGCUUGAGAAGCUAACUGCAGCAGCCUUGGCAAACCAUGCAGUGCUAAUUGUGUGCAGUAGCUGGACUACCUUUUCCCCAGUUAGCUGUAACUGUUAGUUUCCCCGUGAGAGGGUCUAAGUAGGACUGAGCAAACUGCUCCAGAUCUUAUGCUAAUAUUUGUAGCAUGAGAGAGAGAAGAGCCAUGCCAAAUAUAACAUGGCUAUUUGGUCUCCAGUUUGGAGGGAACUUUGGCCCCUGGUGGGCUGUGUGUGGUCAGUAGGAUAUUUUAUACUUUUUGUGUUUCAUGGAAAGUGACUCCUUAUGUACAUAGCUGCAGAUUUAUUGAGUACGUUUCUGCUGUGCUGUAAGAUUUUAUAGGUCUUAUAGAUCUGGAAUAUUUUUGGUUCACUGAGAAACGUCAGAUUUGGCUCCUUUGUGCCUGUGAUGAUGUUUGAAUAUUUAAAGAGACUGGUAGCUUGUAAGUAGUAGUUAGGUAUUUAUUUUUUUUAAAUUAGCUGAAGACAUCAUUUGAAAAGAAUCCAGAUUGUGAUGUGAUUUUUUGAUUUUUUUUUUUAUUGUUUCUUCGACCUGAGAGUAUUUAUGACUCCAGAAUAACUUUGACUCACAGGUUACAGCCACACAAACAUAACACAACAUGCUGGGGGGGUGACAGUAUGUCUCAUAUGGUUUAAUGUCCUUAUUCUGCCCCAAAGAAUUAACAUGGAUUUACUGUAAAUAUAAAGACACAGACACACACAAAUAUGUGAGAUAUGUGUAGGCCACGAUAAAUACUUUUCUCUCGGAUAACAUAUUGUCCCACUUUGUGAUUGUAGUAAACAGUAUUGUCAUUUUAAGACCAUUUUAUGCCAUCGAUAUAUAUACUGAUGAUGUUAAUAUAACAGCACGAUGAUGCAAGUGCACACUUUUAAAGUAACUAUCAAUAUUCAAUCAAACAGAGUAUCCUAAAUAAGUCAAACAUGAGAAAACCUACAAUGGCAUUCAGUAGAGAGUAGAGAGAAAAUAUUCCAAUGUUAAAGAGAGUGAGAAAAAAAAUCAUGGAUCUGUUCACUGAAAGUUAAUGGGGUCUAUUCUGGGCUGAGAUCCAUCAACCGUCCAAGUUUUGUGGUAAUCCGCUCAGUAGUUUUUGUGUAAUCCUGCCUACAAACCAACCAACCGACCAGCAGAGUUAAAAAAAAACAACCAGAACCAAAACAAUGAAUAACAAUGUGAACCCAAGUCUUCUAAAUAGUAGUGAAAGCCCUGCUAGCUAUUUUGGCAUCAUGUUUGCAUUGUUACGUAAGCACGUAAACUCAACGGACAGUACCGAGGUCAGCAAAAUUGUUAUUCAUAUCACAAUGAUGUGCUUACAUGUAAUAGGCCUGAAAAAUAAAAAAUAUUACAAAACACUGGUGCAAAUAUAUGCGUUUACCUGAAAUACUAGAAUGUUUUUUCUUUUAAUAACAAAACAAAAGCUGGUGCAGAAAAAUCUUACAUCUAGUGUCUUGCAAUUAGUCCCGCCAAAAUAAAACGUAUGAUGUGAACAAACCAAUGUAGCAGCCACCCCGGCCACAGUCUGUUCACCCUGCUGCCGUCUUAGAUCUAGAGAAUUAGUACUUAGAAAUGUCUGUUUCUGUGACCACAUCUGAAUAAUGGGCAGAAGUUUGGCCCUUUGAUUCCCACAUACAUCUGUCAUUUACUCAUGUUUGUGUGGCUCCUGCGUGAGAGUUAAACCUUGUCUUCUAUCCUCAGCUCGAAGAAGCCUGCUCUGAAUAUCACACCAAAAACAGGUCAUAACAACAAACGAACAAACGUUAACAUAUGGGGCUUUAAUACAGUGAGCUUCGGGGUCAUUUUGCCUCUCGGUUCGAGUGCAACAGUACAAAAUUAAAUUAUAACUGUGGCCUUAAUCGUACGUUGAGGACAAAUGCAGUCCUCUUAACAGCCUUGCACAGGUGAGAGAGUCCAUGAAGUAGAAACUGAAGCGAUGGAAACCGUGACUAACGUGAAACCAAAUAUCACAUAUUCUCGGUGAUUGACCGGUCGUCUGUUUCUCUCGGCGCCGUGACUGUUAUUUAAUUCACCCUCCUGUAAAUAGCCCAGUGCAUUCUGUAAAUUACAAUUUGUAAUUUUUUUGUAAAUAUCCCGCUAAGUAUUUUUUGCAUCCCGAUCAGACUGUUUAUAUGUUUGUAUACUGUAAACUUUAAAUAUAACAGCUGCUAUUUUGUGUUUAGUGAGUUGUUUUUAUACCUAUGAGCGUUUUCCUGAAUUCUGUAGCCUUCGUAUUAUUCCUAUUUUAAUAAACAAAUUGACAUUACA